AUGCUUGCUGCCUCCAUCUUCCGUCCGACUCUGAUGCUUUGCUGGCUUGCUGUCCCCAAGCCUGCCCUGCCUGAGACACUCUUCCACAGCCGAGACCACUCGGACCUGGACCCGUCCCCUCUGCGCCGGGCCAAGCCCAUCACUGACCUCCAUGCUGCUCAGCGGUUCUUGUCCCAAUACGGCUGGUUGGGAGUGCCAGCAGCCUGGGGGCCCAGCCCUGAGAGGUCACCAGAGGCCCCUGUGGGCACCACCCUAGCCGAGGCCGUGCGAAGGUUCCAGCAGGUGAACGCGCUGCCAGCCAGUGGGGAGCUGGAUGCAGCCACACUGGCAGCCAUGAACAGGCCACGCUGCGGUGUCCCUGACACACAGCUUUCGCACCAGGCUGCCCCAACCACCCUACCAUCCAUCCUGGGCCUACUCCCUAGGGCUCGCCCGAAGCGCUUCCUGCAAAUGCUGCUGCCCAGGCCCAGCCAGCAGCAGGAGGACUCCCUGGACAGUGGGGCCACCAGGGUCUUCCCUAAAAAGACCCUGACCUGGAGGCUGGUGGGCGAGGCCUACAGUAGCCAGCUUUCUGUGGACGAGCAGAGGUACAUUUUCCGACUGGCCUUCCGGAUGUGGAGUGAGGUGACACCACUGGACUUUCGUGAGGAUCUCACUGCUCCUGGGACUAUGGUCGACAUAAAACUGGGCUUUGGGAGAGGCCGGCACCUCGGCUGUCCUCGGGUUUUUGACGGGAGUGGGCAGGAGUUUGCCCAUGCCUGGCGCCUGGGUGAUAUUCACUUUGACGAUGACGAACACUUCACACCGCCCACCAGUGCCAUGGGCAUCAGCCUCCUCAAAGUGGCUGUUCAUGAAAUUGGCCAUGUCCUCGGCCUACCUCACACCUACAGGGCAGGAUCCAUAAUGCAACCAAAUUAUCUUCCCCAGGAGCCUGCAUUUGAGUUGGACUGGUCAGACAGAAAAGCGAUUCAAAAGCUAUAUGGUUCAUGUAAAGGAUCAUUUGAUACUGCAUUUGACUGGAUUCGCAAAGAGAGAAACCAAUAUGGAGAAGUGAUGGUGAGAUUUAGCACAUACUUCUUUCGCAACAGCUGGUACUGGCUUUAUGAAAAUCGAAACAACAGGACACGCUACGGGGACCCUAUCCAAAUCCUCAUUGGCUGGCGUGGAAUCCCAACGCAAAAUAUAGAUGCUUUUGUCCACAUCUGGACAUGGAGAAGAGAUGAACGUUAUUUUUUUAAAGGAAAUCAAUACUGGAGAUAUGACAGUGACAAGGAUCAGGCUCACACAGAAGAUGAACAAGGAAAAAGCUACCCCAAAUUGAUUUCAGAAGGAUUCCCUGGCAUUCCAAGUCCUCUGGACACUGCUUUUUAUGAUCGGAGACUGCAGUUAAUUUACUUCUUCAAGGAGUCCUUUGUAUUUGCAUUUGACAUCAACAGGAAUCAAGUACUCGACUCUUAUCCAAUGAAGAUUACUGAAGCUUUUCCAGCAAUAACACCACAAAACCAUCCGUUUAGAAAUAUAGAUUCAGCUUACUAUUCCUAUGCACAUAACUCUGUUUUCUUUUUUAAAGGCAAUGCCUACUGGAAAGUAGUUAAUGACAAAGACAAACAACAGAAUUUCUGGCUUCCUUCUAAUGGCUUAUUUCCCAAAAAGUCUAUUUCAGAGAAGUGGUUUGACAUUUGUGAUGUCCAUACCUCCACACUUAACAUGUAAUGAGGAAAAAAAGCAGGAAAAUGGAGACAGUCAUUAUGAUUUCUCUUGUAAGAAAAAUUCUGGUUUCUUUUAUAAAGAAAACAAACCAGAUUCUUAG